AUGCCGACGAUACGGCGUUCGAGAUGCCCGGCGUAUCUGUUAUUGGCAUUACUACUAUCAAUUUCACUGCUCUCACACCCAUCUUCCCUUGUCCUCGCUCAAGAGAUAGUAGAACAGCAUGAUGCUGAAGAGACAUCCAUACAAGAUGUCUGCGCACCGUUGAGAGAGGCUCAAAUGAUACUUUCCUCACUAUCACCUUCACCGAAUUCGCAUCUGGAACAUAAAAUCACAUCCGUCAUCACUCCGUUUACAUCUAAAGGCUGGUCAGAUGGUUUAGGCUGGGGUCAUGAAGGUCCAUUAUCAACUACGUUUCGAUUAUUACCCCGUUUAAUCAAUACACUGUUAUCGCCAAAAACGUUUUUAUCUAAAAUACCUUUUAUUGGAUCGAACAGUAAACCUCGUAAAGCAGCUAAGAUCGGUAGAGCAAGGACAGACAGAGUGGAGAAGAUGAUGAGACUCUUAGACGAAGCGGAAAGGAAUGGCUGCCAAGAAGUCUGGGGAGCAAGAGGGAAAUUGAAUAUGUUUCCACCGAAAGGUGUCAAACAAGAUUUAUCAGCUUCGUAUUCUGCCUACAAGAAAUACCUGGAACACACUGCUGAUCCAGCAGCUCAAUUUAUGGUUGGGUUUUUCCACGCUACGGGUUUAGGAGGGGUAGAGCAAGAUCAGGGCAAGGCCUUAUUAUACUACACUUUCGCUGCUGUACAAGGGUAUCGACCCGCUUCAAUGGCUUUGGGCUAUAGGCAUUGGGCUGGCAUUGGAGUGAAAGAGGACUGUAUGCUUGCUCUGGAUCAUUAUCAAACAGCUGCUGAAAAGUCUUAUCAAACGUUCCUCGCUGGUCCCCCGGGAGGUCUCACACUUCCAUUGACGCAUACCCGACUUUCUGAUCGUGUAGGAGGUAUAUAUGGACCUCAUGCAUCAUGGGCAUCAACGGGAUCCAAUGCUCAGCGUCCAGCUAUAAGAGCAACUAUGGCUUCUGCACGUGGUGAAACAGAAAAAGAGAUUUUAGAAUACUAUCAAUACCAUUCUGAUAGGGAUUCGCAUUCAUAUACUGUUCGAUUAGGUCGACUAUUCUACCUUGGAUCAGUUUAUUUCUCGCAUGCAGGAGUCUCGGUAGGUGCGGAGGGUGUAGGUGAGAUUCCGCAAGAUUACAAAAAGGCAAAAGAAUAUUUCUUAAAGGUAGCCCGAGUUAUGUGGCCUAAAGAUUUCGAGACAGAUGGUUCAGUAUCUAAAAGAAGAAAGAUGUCAAAAGAACAGGAAGAUGCUUUAAGAGAACCUGCAAUGGUCGCUGCUGCAUUUCUGGGAAGGAUGUCAAUGAGAGGAGAAGGUGGUAAACCGGAUUACAGAAGAGCUAGACUAUGGUACGAAAGAGCGGCAGAGCUGGGCGAUAGAGAGGCCCAUAAUGGAUUAGGUAUUAUUCAUCGAGAUGGGUUGAUCGUACCGCAAGAUAAAAAGAAGUCAUCUCAUUAUUUCCAAGCGUCUGCCUCACAGGAUUUAGCUGAAGCUCAAGUCAACCUCGCCAAAUUACAUCUUGAAAGAGGAGAAGUAGUUCAAGCCCAUGCAUUUUUAGAAGUCGCUAUAAGACAUGGGGCAACAUUUGAAGCGUUCCAUUUACUUGGGAAGAUACACGCAUCGAACGCAGCGUCAGGUAGACCUGGAAUGUGUGGAGUGGCAGUUGCUUAUGAGAAAUUAGUAGCGGAGAGAGGUAAUUGGGAUGAAGAUUUCGUUGGAGAAGCUGAUAAAGCUUGGUUAAGAGGAGAAGAAGACAACGCAUUCAUCGGUUGGUAUAUAGGUUCGGAAUUAGGUUAUGAAACAGGUCAAAAUAAUGUAGCUUUCUUACUGGAAAAAGGUUUCAAGUUUGGUAAAGGAAACAUACCUCAUGGUCAAGGAUUAGAUGAAAAUAGGAUUAAUGAAUUAGACAAAAUUAGAGCUUUGACUUUAUGGGUUAGAAGUGCAAAUCAAGACAACGUGGAUGCUAUGGUUAAAGUUGGUGAUUACUAUUAUCAAUCAUCCGAAUCAUACGAUAGAGCGGUGACAUAUUAUCAAACUGCAGCCGAUACACAAACUUCUUCGAUGGCGUAUUGGAAUCUCGGAUGGAUGUAUGAGAAUGGUCAUGGAGUACCUAGAGACUGGCAUUUGGCUAAAAGGUUCUACGAUUUAGCAGGUGAAACUAGUGUUGAAGCUUAUUUACCUGUCAUGAUGAGUCUUAUCAAUCUGUAUGCUAAGAGUUGGUGGAUAGAUAUUCGGACUCAUGGAGCUGUUAAAGGACUAUCACUAUUUGAAUCUGAUCCAAAUCCACAAUUACAACUAAGUACAUGGUCAAAAAUCAAAGCUCUAUUCACGGAUUCGGUUAUGACUCCUACUUUACGUGAUCUUGAUGAAGAAGGAGGGGGAGCAUAUGAUUUGAUAGCAGAUGAUGAUGAACCCAAUUCGAACGGAAAUGGGAUUGAAGAAGAAGGAUAUGAGGAUUAUUCAGGGGCUGGUUCAGGCUGGAAUAACAAUGAUAACGAUGAUGAAGUAGAGGAUCUGUUAGAAGAUUUGAUUUUGAUAGUCGUACUUUGUGCUACAGUAGGUUUGGUCUGGUUGAGAGGUAGAUGGGCUCAACAGGAAAGACAAAGAGAAGAAAGAAGAAGGAGGGAUGGUGAAGUUAGAUAA